AUGUCUUUUGCUCCAGCAGGGGGAGGGCGGCCGUUUGCUGUCCCGGUUGUCUACCGACCUCCGACACCAGUUCGCAACGUUCCGUCUCCGCCGUCGUCCACCCCUCCUGUCCCGCCAGCAGAGCCGCCUCACGCUCCAGUUGGGGGACAUCUGAGCGGCUCAGCUCCAUCUUCGUUUCCGUCAGUCCCCCAGCCGCGCCCGCCGCUGACAGGCGCUCGCGCCCCAGUGUCUUUCCCCGAUGGCUGUAACUCGACGCCUCGACCUCCCAGGUCACCGACACAUCAUCCUGUACGGCCUACUCAAGCUCAGGCGCAUGCGCUUCCUUCUAGCGGAGCUGUGUCUUCUCUGUGCGCUGUGGACUGCUCUACGCCGCAGGACGCCUCUUCACAGCUUGGCAAGGCUUACGGCCUGGAGCACGGGGAAACAGCUUCGCGCCCGAUGAAGGUGGAGGAGGCCGUGCAGAAUUCACCAGUACCGCUGGGCUGCGCUGCGCAGCCUGAGGAAGGCUCUGAGGACGAGGAGAGAGACGCCAGUGACAGGGAAAGACCAAGCGAGUUCCCGGAGCCCGAGCUGCUUCGCACAUUUCGAGACAAAUGCAGUCCCAUCAACGGGGUUGCUUUCUCGCCGGACAUGCAGUGUAUGUACACCUCGAGCGACGACUGUUCGUUGCACAUUUAUUCGCUUCAAAAGGGCGUCUGCACUCGCGUUCUCCACGCAAACAAGUACGGCGUCCACAGCAUUCGUAUUUUGCCGCACUCCCUUGUCAAUAACACUUCCUCGACGUCGGCUUCUUCUCCGUCGUCAGGAGGGCCGGGAACGCACGGGAUUCAGCCUCACUUGCAACCCCCUCCCGGCGGAGCAGCCGGAGUCACGUGUCUGUGUCUCUGCGCGACGCGGGCUUCAGCCGUGCCGGCCGCCUCCGCAAAUGCGACUGGGAACAGCCGAGCAAGUGCGUCCGGUUCCGUGGCGAAGGCCCCAGUUGGGAAAGGGAAACCGGGCGAAGAAGGGCCCGAGGUGGCCAGGGCUGUCGCGCCUGGGUCGACGGCGUUUGCCGUCCGCUUGUGGGAUCUUGCGGAGAACCGGUAUCUUCGAACCUUCCCUCUGAAUGGAAGAGUGUGCCGUGGAAACGGCCUUUGUCUCCACCCUCAACGAAACAUAUUUGCCUGUUGCAGUGAGGAUGCGACGGUGCGCCUCUUUGCUCUGGACAAAGAACAGCCCAUCUGGUCUCGGACUGUUCGGACUUCCACUCCCCUGGCUGCGUUCGACAAUGAAGGCCUCGUGCUCGCUGUCUACGAAGGAGAAGGCAUUGUAACGUUUUUCGACAGCAAACACCCUCACCUCCCGUUCCUCCGGUUCUCGAUCGCGACGUCGCUGCGCCGCGGAGUGGGCCGUGGAUCCUGUGGCGCCUCUGGUACGGAAGCGUCGACGGUAUGUCCGCGUUGUUCCUUGCCAGUGAAAGUCGGGCAAGCGAAGGUCGAAGGCGGCAGCGAACCGGGGACUGACUCUCAAAAGACGCCCGGAUGUUGCCGCUGCAACGAACACGUGGAGAGAGGGCGUCCGCUGUCACAGGAGAGGGAAAGUGCGUUCGAACAAGCCACGAGCCUUCUGUUCUCUCCCGACGAUUCAGAAAUUGUUGUAGGGACGAGCGACGAGAGGUUGCUGUUCUUCGACACAACAACGGGCGAGCUGUUAAGGAUUUUGAGUGCGCGAAAGCGAGGCCUGCCUCGCAUGCGCGCAGGUUCCUUGGCUCCAGAAACUGCUGAGAUGGACGAAGGAAGAACCGCGAGAGGGGUGCGAGGCGAAUGCACGGAGGAGCGAGGAGCAGAAGAUGACGCUCACAGCGGAUGCACAUCAGAGCCCGCGCGCGGUGGAUGCUGGGCAACGCAAUCAAGAGCCCUACGAGAAAUCGUGCGAAAUCACUUGUCGGCGCACGUGGCGUCGCAGUGCUCGGGGAAAAGGCGGCGAGAUGGAAAUGGAGGGGCGGAGCGAGACCGCAAACGUACGCGAUUGUCGUUAGAGAGGGAGGGUAAGCCCGAGUCAGGCCGUUCCACUGGGCCAUGCUCUGGGUCUUCCUCGGCUUCCGCCUCUUCGUCUCGACCAGCUUCUACCUACUCGAAGUCGCUGUUUUCCCAUUCAGACGCAAGCGGUUCCCGCGGUGACGCUUCUUCUCUCUUCAACAUAUCUCCUCCGCCUUUCGGCUGCUCGUCUUCGUGUCCCGACUGUUCUUCCGGCGCCUCGUCCUCGCCUCUCCCCGGAGAGGCCAGGUCGCGUCCGGUUUUCGUCCCAGCGUUCUCGCCGUGUGGUCGGUUUCUCGCGGUGGGAUCCACCGACCGGCAUGUGCACAUUUUCGAUCUCCACGCAAACAGGGGAAGGGGAAGAGAAGUUUUCGCCUUGGGCCGUUGCGAAAGCGAUCCUCUGUUUGUCGCCUUCAAUUCCAAAUUCGACGUAUUCCUCACAGCGGGCCUCAAUGCUUCGCUGUGGAGUCACAGCUUCUGCCGAAAGCUGCCUCCUUCUCUCACAUGCGGAUGA